AUGUCCGGUGGUCCUUCCGUGAUACGGCGGCCAUUCUUCGAAAAGUCAAACACAGAACUCACAUCCUCUCUCCGCGCAAACUUCGCCGCCCACCAACCCACACCCGCGCCCUCAAAACCAGACUAUACAACAUGGACCACCAACACCGACUCUGCCCUAUACAUCCCAACUCACACGCCCUCACCCCUCACCGAGCCCCGAGAAUCAUACGACAUCACCGUCAAGCUCUUCUAUCUCCCAAACAUACCCGCCGACCGACGCUGCGCCCAAACAAGAGAAGCCAUAGAGCUAGUGCUUAAGGAGCUGGGUACAUCAUCAAUAGAUCUUUUAAUUGUCAGCUUCCCCGGCGUAUCCUUCGAUGCCGACGACGAAGACUCAGACUUCGACGACGACCCGCCCUCUCCUCCCUCCGCCACACAAUCUACCAACGAGAACACAACUGGCGACUGUCUCGACGCCGGCGUCCCACCCGAAGACAUAGAAACCAUGAUAACAACCUGGCGCACGCUUGAGAAACUACAAUCGGAAGGCCUAGUCUCUAAACUCGGCAUCGCGGAAUUCGGUGUCGCGCGCCUGACACGCUUCCUCGAACACACAAAGAUUAAACCAAGCGUCAAUCAGAUCAACGUUAGGGACUGCUGCGUGGUGCCGAAACCGCUGAUAUUGUAUGCGAAGCAGCAGCAGAUUGAGCUGCUGACACAUAAUGAUUGCACAAACAUUCUGCCGAGGGGGACGCUGAGACAGAUACUUGGGAGUGGCGAGGAUGGCUCUGGUGUAUUAGCAGGAGAAGGGAAUGAAGGCGGGCUCAAGGGUGAUGUGGAACCUCAAUGGGUUGUCAAAUACACCGCAGUGGUUAAAGAUAGAGGUGUGGUGGAGAGUAAAGGAUAUUUCGCCGUUGCCGAGUUGAGGGAUUGA